AUGGAUGGGUACGGAUUGAUGAUCGAUGGUCGCGAGGAUGGGGAGGGACUUGAACAACAACAACACCAAAGCAACAUGAUGAAGAUGCUUCCUAUCCCCUUCUCGAUCUUUCCCAGCUCUUAUCGGAGCCAGAAAGAAUCAUCGACGCAAGAAAAGGUCGAAGGCUCAAAGGCUCAGCAGCUCGGACAGGGAGAAGGGGAGUACGAAUCUUUCUCCACUCACGUCCAGCAACAGCAACCGCAACAGCAAGACAACCGUCAAGAAACCUACGUUAAAGAGGAAAUCCGCAUCCACGAGGAGCAGCAGCCGCAGCGUCCACGUCCAGCCAACGUUCACAGAGAGGAAAUCCACAUUCACGAGCAGCGCCGUCCAGCCCAGCCCCAGCAGCACCGUGAGGAGAUCCAUAUCGAGGAGCACCGUUUCAACCAGCAGCCCCAGCCCCAGCGUUCUGAGUUCAAGCAGCACGAGUUUGUCCAGCACCAGCACCAGUAUCAACAGCCAGAGCAGCAGCGCAGCACCAAAGAACGCGUCGAAGUUGAGUACAAAUCUCAGGACCACUAUCAACAACCCUACGACCGCUACGUCGGAAGCCACAUCGACGUAAAGGACAGGUCCUACGACAGAGACUUCAAUACCGUCCACGGCCCUGCCACCGACUACGCUCCCACUCAAAUCGACGUUUCCGAACGUCAAUACCGCGAACGUACCCGUCCUAUCGAAGGCGGAUACUCUGCUGAGUUCACCAACCUCUCCACCCAGCCCAACCUCGAGCAAGCUUCCAGCUACUCGAAGCAGACCUACACCGGUUCGCACGACAGCUAUCCCUCUCGCCGUGAGAACGACUCUGUCGAUUCUCGCUACCCAAGAGGAGAUCAAGUUCGAGUAGAAAAGUCUACUCGUUCUACCGUCGACGCCCCCAAGAAGUUCAAGCGUGAUAUGGGAUAUUACGACUCUGACGGACAGUACCACUCCUUCCGCCAAGGUCUCCAUAAAGCAGCCGAUCGCGUCGCCGAGCGUGUCGUUCACCCCUUCCAUUCUCACCGCCACCACCACUCUCAUCACCAGCCCAACGUCCAGUCGGCUCACCGCGAAGACCGUGAGGAAAUCGUAGUCAAGGAGAAGUACACUCACUCGAUUCCCGCCCCUGGUCCCACUUCUGCCCCUGCUCCCGCACCAGCCCCAUCCCGAGCCCAGCCCCAGCCUCCUCGCUUCGCUCCUACUUCUUCUUCCACCCACAUCUCCAAGACCAUCCAUCAAGCACCUCGCAAAAUGGCUCCCGCAAACACCAUCACCAUCCCCUGCCACCACAUCCGCAUUGGCGAUCUCCUGAUCCUUCAGGGCCGUCCUUGCCAGGUCAUCCGCAUCACCACCUCCUCUCAGACUGGCCAGCACCGUUACCUCGGUGUUGACCUCUUCACCAAGCAACUUCAUGAGGAGUCCAGCUUCAUCUCCAACCCUGCCCCCUCGGUUGUUGUCCAGAACAUGCUCGGCCCUGUCUUCAAGCAGUACCGUGUUCUCGACAUCCGUGAGGAUGGCCGCGUUGUUGCCAUGACCGAGACUGGCGAUGUCAAGCAGGGUCUUCCCAUCAUCGACCAGAGCGGUCUCCUCACCCGCCUCACCGAGUCUUUCGACAACGGCCGUGGCAGCGUCCGCGUCCUCGUCAUCAACGACGAUGGCCAGGAGCUCGCUGUCGACUACAAGGUCGUCCACGGAUCCAGGUUGUAG